GCUUAUGGACAUCCCCUCGACAUCCACAGAGAUUCCUACGGACUCGACGGAGCACAUCAAGACCAAUGACGAAAUCCUUCAUGACGUUGCCACCACAUUUUGGAUAGUCUUCAUAUUCUACAUAUUCGCUUCUGUAGCAUGGAUCGCUUAUUGUAUCAUCUCAUACAGAAGGGAUUUGGAGAAGUUAAAACUAUCUGCUGAGAAAAAUAGCAUUGCGAGAUAUCUGGAGCUGAGAAGGCUUCUCAAGGCUUAUGACAGUGUUGACAUCGAACAUGUGCGUUUACAAAUGGAGGGACAGGAAGAAGUCACUGAAGACGCUUCAUGACGAGCAAACUCCUCAUCUUUUCGUGAGACGGUGAACAUAGGAUAUUAAGUUACAACUUUGUGAUAAUUGUUUUACGGGCUUAACCGUACCGGGUAGGAAUAUUUUCCAAGAUGUGACUGAUAUCUAGUAUAACGCAUAAACAAGUGACCUUGACU